AUGGCCCCACAAGGUACCAGUACAACAAAUGACAUGAUAGCAGGGGAUCUUACCGAUCCUGCACAUCUACCAAGAUUGACUAGAAGAUUGACGGGAUUUUUGCCACAAGAGAUAAAGGCGAUUGACUCAACCAUUCCUCUUCAAUCUAGAAACUUGUGGCACAAACAUCAAGUUACCAAAUUUGAGAAUGCAGAAGAAUUUGAAACAAGAUUUAUCAAUCAUGUUGAAACCACUUUAGCAAGGUCUUUAUAUAAUUGUGACGAUUUUGCUGCUUAUGAAGCAACUUCAUCAUCAUUGAAAGACAAUUUAGUAAUUGAUUGGAACAAAACUCAGCAGAGACUGACGACAAAAGACCCCAAACGUGUUUAUUAUAUGUCUCUUGAAUUUUUAAUGGGUAAGGCUCUGGAUAAUGCCUUAAUAAAUAUGAAAAUUAGUUUUAUUCCAAAAAACAAUGGGAAGAAUGGAGAUUCAAUAAAAGCUAGGCAAAUGAUUAAAAAUUCUUUACAAGAUUUGGGAUUUAAUCUAGAGGACCUAUUAAAUCAAGAACCAGAUGCUGCCUUGGGUAAUGGUGGUUUAGGACGUUUGGCUGCUUGCUUUAUGGAUUCAAUGUCUACAAAAGAUAUUCCUGUAUGGGGCUAUGGAUUGCGCUAUAAAUAUGGAAUUUUUGCUCAGAAAAUUAUUGAUGGCUAUCAAAUUGAGACCCCUGACUAUUGGUUGACUAAAGGAAACCCCUGGGAAAUAGCACGUAAUGAGAUUCAAGUGCCUGUUACAUUUUAUGGCUAUGUUGACAGAAAGGAUGGCGAUACUUCAACCCUCAAUCCAUCUCAGUGGGUUGGUGGUGAAAGAGUAUUAGCAGUUCCUUUUGAUUUUCCGGUACCAGGCUUUAAUACAACCACAGUGAAUAAUCUCAGGUUAUGGGAAGCUAGACCAACUACUGAGUUUGAUUUUGCUAAGUUUAACUCCGGUGAUUAUAGAAAUUCUGUCAAAGAGCAACAGCGUGCGGAAGCUAUUACAGCUUGCUUAUACCCAAACGAUAAUUUCCUCCAGGGUAAGGAAUUAAGAUUGAAACAGCAGUAUUUUUGGUGCGCUGCAACUUUGCAUGAUAUCGUCAGAAGAUUUAAGAAGACUCAAAGACCAUGGUCUGAAUUUCCUGAUCAGGUGGCAAUUCAACUUAAUGAUACGCACCCAACUCUUGCAGUUGUUGAGUUACAGAGGAUUCUAAUUGAUUUAGAAAAAAUUGAAUGGCACGAGGCUUGGAAAAUUGUCAACGGAACAUUCUCUUACACAAAUCAUACAGUGAUGCAGGAAGCACUUGAAAAAUGGCCAAUAAGUUUGUUUGGAAGAAUGUUACCAAGACACUUGGAAAUUAUAUACGAUAUUAAUUGGUUCUUCUUAAACCAAGUUGAGAAAAAGUUCCCUAAGGACGUAGAUUUUCUAUCAAGAAUUUCUUUAAUUGAAGAGAGUUCACCUGAAAGACAAAUCAGAAUGGCUUAUUUAGCCAUAGUCGGUUCACAUAAGGUUAAUGGUGUAGCAGAAUUACAUUCCGAAUUAAUUAAAACUACCAUUUUUGCAGAUUUUGUAAAAUUCUAUGGAGCUUCGAAAUUUAUUAACGUUACAAAUGGUAUUACGCCUAGAAGGUGGUUAAGACAGUGUAAUCCUGAAUUAUCUGAUCUAAUUUCAGGAACGCUAAAUGAAGAUGUAAAAGAAGAAUAUCUACUAGACUUACCCAGACUAACCAAGCUACAAGACUUUGUUGAUGAUGAGAACUUUCAGAGAAAAUGGAACCAAGUUAAAUUGAAUAAUAAAAAGAGAUUAGGAAACUUCAUAAAACAGCAAAAUAAUGGGGAACAUAUUAUAAAUAUGGAUCAUUUGAAUGACACUCUUAUUGAUGUUCAAGUAAAAAGAAUCCAUGAAUAUAAAAGACAACAAAUGAAUAUUUUGGGUGUUAUCCAUAGGUAUCUUUCAAUGAAAAAUAUGUUCAAACAGGGAGCAUCAUUUGAAGAAGUUGAAAAAGUCUAUCCAAGGAAAGUAUCUGUAUUUGGCGGGAAAAGUGCACCAGGCUAUUUUAUGGCAAAAUUAAUUAUUAAAUUAAUAAAUGCUGUCGCUGAAGUUGUUAAUCGUGAUUCAGAAAUUCAAGAUCUACUGAAAGUGGUAUUCAUUUCAAAUUAUAACGUAUCUGCUGCUGAAAUUAUCAUCCCUGCUAGUGAUAUCAGUGAACACAUCUCUACUGCAGGUACAGAAGCUUCUGGGACUUCAAAUAUGAAAUUUGUAAUGAAUGGUGGUUUAAUCAUAGGAACAGUUGAUGGUGCUAAUAUCGAGAUAACAAGAGAAAUUGGUGAAGAGAAUAUAUUCUUAUUCGGAAAUCUAAGUGAAAAUGUACAAGAAUUAAGGUAUGAUCAUCAAUUUCAUAAAACCAAUAUAUCUGACAAUCUACAGAUGGUUUUACAUGAACUAGUUAUUGGAACAUUCUCCGAAGAAAAUACUAGUGAAUUUAAGCCAAUUUGGGAUAGCAUUGUUCAACAUGGAGAUUACUAUUUGGUUAGCGAUGAUUUCGAUUCUUAUCUAGCUACCCAAGAACUUGUUGACAAAACUUUCCAUUCAAAUAGGACCGAAUGGAUCAAAAAAUCGAUUUAUAGUGUUGCAAAUGUCGGAUUCUUUAGUAGUGACCGUUGCAUUGAGGAAUAUGCUGGCACUAUAUGGAACGUUGAGCCAUUAACGCCCGAAUAA